AAUGCAAUAAAUAGAGGAACAAUAAUAAUAAUAAGGGUAGGAUCAAGAUGAUGAUUUAAUGAUUCCAUUAAAUGUAUAAGCAAGAUUAGGUGAAUUUACUGAUAGAUACUUUGUUAAAUCAUAUUCAGAACAUUAAUAUGUGUUUUAGCAUUCAAAUCGUUUAUAUUUGUGUGGACUAAAUAAAAAUCACCCAAUAGUGAAGAGUGAUAGUGAUAUUAAGGAGAUUGAGUUUACUUAGAAAGAAUAAUUAGUAAAAGGAAAGAAGAAGAAGGGAGGGUUGAAGGUUAAGAGUAAUACAGUGAUGUUGAAGGUACAUUUGGAGAACGGAGAAGUAUAUGAAGUAUUAGCUGGUCAGGAUGGAUAUAUCAUAGAGAUGAAUGAAAAUUUAUAGAAAAAUAAGCAAUAUUUAAAAUAAUAUCCAGAGACUAAAGGAUUUGUGUGUAUUAUAUAAGGUUGUCGUAAAUGA